AUGGCUGAAGGCGCGAACGUCAUGAACCACUGCAACGAGGUCCUCAACAUCUCCGCCAAGCUUAGAGGUAUCGGUGCGAAGAUGGAAGACAAAGAUGUUGCAAUCUGUCUGCUGCUCACUCUUCCAAAGAGCGAUGAAAAUGUGGUGCUCAACAUGGAAAUGAGCAGCGCCGAGCUUCGUACCCAUGAUGUGGUGAGAGUGCUGACGAAUGAGCACGCCAAGCGUCAAGAAGACAAAACGAUAACAUACAGUGAAAGCUAA